UUAUGGAGUCCGGCAGUGAAGAUCCAGGGAACCCGGAAGACCCUGCUCCGGAAGCCGCCGCCGUGGAGGUCGCGAACGCCUGGCAGGCGGCCGACGACACCUCGUCGACGGCUAGCCUCGCAGGCAUAGAAAUCGACGUCGCGUCACCCGUUCAACCUCCGCCACAGCAGGCGACACAGGCGACGUCUCCCGGUUCGUCUUCCAACAUCAUCAAGCUGCAGAGCAGCGAGGGACACGUCUUCGAGGUGGACCUGCAGACGGCCAUGGUGUCCGGAACGCUGCGGACCAUGAUGGAAGACCUGGGCAAAAUGAACACGGACGCCGACGAAGUGGUGCCCCUGGUGAACGUGAACACGGCGACGCUGAAGAAGGUGCUGCAGUGGGCCACCUACCACAAGGACGACUGGCUGCUGCUGGCUGAGGACGACGCGGCCAUUGGGGCGCGACAGCCGCUGUCCUCGUGGGACGCCGAGUUCUUCAACGUGGACCAGGCCACGCUUUUCCAGAUCAUCGUGGCCGCGGACUACUUGGACAUCAAGGGGCUCAUGAACUCUGCCUGCCGAACCGUGGCCAACAUGAUCCGAGCCAAGACUACCGACGAGAUGAGGAAGCGGCUCUGCAUCAGGAACAACUUUACGCCCUCCGAGGAGCAGAUGGUUAAGCGAGAGACUAAAUGGUUCGACUAAACGCGUGACGGUCCCCAGGCUUAGGUCACGCAAGAGAGCACGGAUUCGGCGCUGUCCAGGACGUGCACAUCGAUCAUUUUCGUGUGGCACCCGUCAUCGUUUUCUGAAAGUGGGCAUUUCGCGACGUCGCGUUUUACAAAGGUUUCAGGGCACAUUCCUUUGUCUUUGCUCUAUAUAAAUA